AGCUACUCCCAGUUGCAAUGCCAAAGACAAUGCAAUAACACACUGAAAGGCAUACGUUCAAGAAAGCAAAGGUCUUUGCACAUUGUUUGGUCUUUUUGUGUGUUUUGACAGGCAUGGAGACCGGCAUGGCGUGUUACACGCGUGGAGCAUUCUUGCCUAGUGUUGCUUCUAAGCAUUCAAAUGGGAUAGUCUCUCCACCAUCCCUUUCUCCAUCUUUCAGUUCCAAGAGUUUGAAAUCAAGCUCACUAUUUGGGGAGUCAUUAAGAGUGGUGCCAAAAUCAUCACUGAAAGCUUCAAAGACAAAGAACUCUUCCCUUGUAACAAGAUGUGAGAUUGGCGAUAGCUUGGAAGAGUUCCUUUCAAAGGCCACCCCUGAUAAGGGAUUAAUCAGAUUGAUGGUGUGUAUGGGAGAAGCAUUGAGGACCAUAUCAUUCAAAGUGAGGACAGCUUCUUGUGGAGGAACAGCAUGUGUGAAUUCUUUUGGAGACGAGCAGCUUGCUGUGGAUAUGCUAGCCGACAAGCUUCUUUUUGAGGCCUUAACUUACUCACACUUCUGCAAGUAUGCUUGCUCUGAAGAAGUUCCUGAACUCCAAGACAUGGGAGGCCCGGUUGAAGGUGGAUUUAGUGUUGCUUUCGAUCCACUUGAUGGCUCCAGCAUUGUCGACACAAAUUUCACAGUAGGCACCAUCUUUGGGGUGUGGCCUGGAGACAAGUUAACUGGUGUGAAAGGAAGAGAUCAAGUUGCUGCAGCCAUGGGGAUUUAUGGUCCCCGAACUACAUAUGUUCUUGCUCUUAAAGACGUCCCUGGCACUCAUGAGUUCCUUCUUCUUGAUGAAGGAAAAUGGCAACAUGUCAAGGACACAACAGAAAUUGGCGAAGGGAAACUCUUCUCCCCAGGAAAUCUGAGAGCCACAUUUGACAACCCUGAAUACAACAAGCUGAUCAACUAUUAUGUAAGUGAGAAGUACACAUUGAGAUACACUGGAGGAAUGGUGCCAGACGUUAACCAGAUUAUUGUGAAAGAAAAAGGUAUCUUCACUAAUGUGAUUUCCCCAACUUCCAAAGCCAAGCUGAGGUUAUUAUUUGAGGUAGCUCCUUUGGGACUAUUGGUUGAGCAAGCCGGAGGUUACAGCAGUGAUGGCCAUCAGUCUGUACUAGACAAGGUGAUUAAUAAUCUUGAUGACAGAACUCAAGUUGCUUAUGGAUCCAAGAACGAGAUUAUCCGAUUUGAAAAAACUCUAUAUGGAUCCUCCAGGCUCGAGGCUGGGGUGCCUGUUGGAGCUGCUGCUUAAGUGAAAAAAAAAAAUUAUUUUUGUUUGUUUGUAACAGAAUUUAAACUGUUUCCUAUAAAUGUUGGUCUAAAAGUGAGUAUUCAAGUUA